AUGUCGUCCUUCACUGCCCUACGCUUCCACGGCCAGUCAGAUAUUCGGCUUGAACAAGUCCCUUCUCUGCCAUGUGGUCCGGACGAGAUUCGCAUCCGCCCCGGCUUCUGCGGGAUAUGUGGCACCGAUCUGAAAGAAUUCACCUCUGGUCCCAUCCUGUGUCCACAGCCUGGCUCAUCACACGAACAGACUGGUGCUCGACUCCCUGUCAUCCUCGGACAUGAGUUCUCGGGCACAGUGGCUGAACUCGGCUCCAGCAUCUCCAAUGUCAAAGUUGGAGAUCGUGUCGCUGUAAUGCCUAAUCUGGGAGAUGCACAAUUUGGACUGUCCAAGUGUGCGAUGUGCGAGAUUGGCAAGAUCAAUCUGUGCACCAAGACUGCCUAUUACGGUCUUGACGCUUUGAGUGGAGGUUUCUCUGAAGAAGCAGUCAUCAAGGCUGCCAAUGUAUUCACUCUACCUGCCUCUGUGCCUCUAGAUCUAGGUGCAUUGGUUGAGCCUCUGUCAGUGGCGUGGCACAUGGUCCGCAUAUCGGGAUUCCAAGCAGGGCAAGACGCGCUGGUUCAAGGGGCAGGUCCCAUAGGACUUAGCCUCCUCCUCGUCCUCAAAGUCGUUGGUGCGAGACACGUUGUGGUGAGCGAAGUCCUCAAGAAACGAGCAGUUCGGGCUCAAGAGUUCGGCGCCGAUGCCGUCAUUGAUCCCACGUUGUCUAGUUCUAGUGACAAGAAUGGCGACCCUAACCCCGUGGUGGCAGCAUGUCGCCAACUGACCCCAGGAAACCUCGGCGUACACGUCGCCUUCGACGCCUCGGGGCUGCAGUCGACCCUCAACACCGCCAUCGCGGCAACCCGACCAGGCGGAACGAUGUUCAAUGUGGCGAUCCACAGCAAACCGCUCCAGAUCAACCCGAAUGACCUCGUGGUCUUGGAGAAGAGAUACAUAGGCGGCAUAGGUUACACUGCGGACGAUUUUCGAGCUGUGAUCUCAGCGCUGGACAAGAACGCGGACUUUGCGGGCAACGCGAAGAAGAUGAUUUCGGGGAUCGUGCCGCUUGAGGACGUGGUCGAGAAGGCCUUCAAGGGCUUGUUGGAGAAUAAAGAGGACCAUGUCAAGAUCUUGGUCCAGGGAAGCCAGAGUCAGAGCUGA